AUGACAUCUACGUCUAUGACUACAUCCCCAUCCCUCAGCUCCAACUCGACCCCCAACAUCUCCGCGUCCAACGCCGUCCUCCACCUCAGCAGUGCUACACACAUCGACGCACCCUCGCAAGAUGUCUGGAACGCCCUAAUCGACACCUCCACCUGGCCAACAUGGAACACCUUCGUACCCCACGUCACCAUCCGCGCACAACCAGACACCCCCGAUGCCUCCCCCGAUUCCCUCUCCCCGAUCCUACAGAAGGGAACCAAAAUGACCUUCCACGUACACAUGUAUCCCUCGUCGACUAAACCGCAAAAGGUAAACGAUACCCAGCUUACAGUCAUCGAGUUUGAGCCACCGAAUCCCAGCGCCAAGAAACCCGGGCGGAUUGUGUGGGCCAGUGACCCCGAUGCCAAGGGCGGAUUUCCUGCGUCGCUGCUGACGGCAGAAAGGGUACACGAGAUUGUGGAGGUAGAGGUUCCAGGAGAAGAUGAGCAGAUGAGACGGGGGACGGCGGUUCGCAAUUGGGAGGCCCAGGUUGGUUAUUUGGCGUAUAUCGUGCGGUGGAUGUUCGGGGGUCGCUUGAAGGAGAACUUUGAGAUUUGGGUACGGGAUUUGAAAGGGUAUGUUGAGGGGAAGUCAUCAGGAGCUUGA